AUGGUGAUCUGCUGCGCGGCCGUGAACUGCUCCAACCGUCAGGGCAAGGGGGAGAAGCGCGCCGUCUCCUUCCACAGGUUUCCCCUGAAGGAUUCCAAGCGCUUACUCCAAUGGCUCAAAGCUGUUCAGAGGGACAACUGGACCCCCACCAAGUACUCCUUCCUCUGCAGUGAGCACUUCACCAAAGACAGCUUCUCCCGCCGGCUGGAAGAUCAGCACCGACUGCUCAAGCCCACCGCAGUGCCCUCCAUCUUCCAUCUGGCUGAAAAGCGGGGCGUCACAGGCCAUGGCAGCACCCGUAGGAAGGAGCGCAACAAAGCCCCAGGGGCCGUGAAAGGGCGCGCAGGCGCCUCUCUGUCCUCCAACGAAGACCCAGCGGCCAAGCUGGAGCCCAAGAAGCCGAAGCAGGUGACUGGGCGGGAGGCCGCCUCGGCCAGGGCUGACCUCGAAUGCCUUGGUCCAGCCCAGGGGCAGGCAUCUCUGGAGAGACCUUUAGGAGACAGCGGGGCUGCUGCCAGGCCGGGCACCCAGUGUGAGGCCGAUGCCCUGGAUGAGCAGGAGGAGAAGAGCUCCAUGUCUGUGGACGACUUCAGCCCCCCCGGCUCCGGGCCCUGCAGGUUCAUUGGCUCCCUCCACUCGUACAGCUUCUCCUCCCGGCAUUCCCGGGAGAGACCGCCUGCCCCCAAGGAGCCCGGGGACCGCAAGAGGCCCAGGAGGGACGUGGAGCCAAGCGCCAGCAGCAGCAGCCCCGGACCUGACAAAGGCUCAGCCCACAGCCCCCCAAGCUCGUCGCUCACGGCCACACCGCAGAAGUCCUCCCCAAGCCCCUCAGCGCCCCCAGCGGAUGUCACCCCGCAGCCAGCCGCCGAGGCUGUGCCCAGCGCCAUGUCCAUCAACGAGGUCAUCCUGUCGGCCUCCGGGGCCUGCAGGCUCAUCGAUUCGCUGCAUUCCUAUUGCUUUUCCUCUCGGCCCAGCAAGAGCCAGGUGUGCUGCCUGCGUGAGCAGGUGGAGAAGAAGAACGGGGAACUGAAGAGUCUGCGUCAGAGGGUCAGCCGCUCCGACAGCCAGCUGCGCAAGUUACGGGAGAAGCUGGACGAGCUGCAGCGGGCCAGCUCCCCACACCUCAACGGCCUACUGCUGCCCAGCUCUGAGCCCCCCACGAUGAACCCAGUGCUCGAACCGCUGUCCUGGAUGCUGGGCACCUGGCUGUCGGACCCGCCUGGAGCUGGUACCUUCCCGACGCUGCAACCUUUCCAGUACCUAGAGGAGGUGCACAUCUCACAUGUGGGCCAGCCCAUGCUGAACUUCUCGUUCAAUGCCUUCCACCCGGACACCAAGAAACCGAUGCACCGGGAGUGUGGCUUCAUCCGCCUCCAGCCCGACACCAACAAGGUGGCCUUCGUCAGUGCUCAGAAUACAGGUCUCGUGGAAGUGGAGGAGGGCGAGGUGAACGGGCACGAGCUGUCCAUUGCCUCCCACUCCAUCGCCAGGAUCUCCUUCGCCAAGGAGCCCCACGUGGAGCAGAUUACCAGAAAAUUCAGGCUGAAUUCUGAAGGCAAGCUUGAGCAGACCGUCUCCAUGGCAACCAGCACCCAGCCAAUGACACAGCAUCUUCACAUCACCUACAGGAAGGUGACCCCAUGA